AUGGGCGGAGAAACACAUCUCAACAUGGCAUCCUCGACCGAAUACCCAAAGCUCGCCGCCCGUCCCGUCGGCAAGCAGAUCCAUAGCAUUUACCUCGAUCGUCUGAGGCAGUUCACCAGCGGCGGCCAGUACGCGAGCAAGGGGCUUCUGUCCAAGCUAUACGAAGUCCGCAAAUCCGGUAGCCCGCACGUCAAGCUUUCCGUCUACAGCCCGCCUGAUCUCUCGCGUCCGACCUUCGCCGAAGCCACAUCCCACGAGUUCCAGCCCACCCAUGUCAAAUCUUCCUUUGGUCCCAGCUGGUCGACACACUGGUUCCGUGUCCAGCUGACCAUUCCCUCGGACCUGCACGACAAGGAGCAUCUCGAGUUCCAUUGGGACGCGCAUAACGAGGGUCUCAUCUGGACGGAGGAUGGCAAGCCAGUACAUGGGUUGACGGGUAAUGGAGAGAGGACCGAAUGGAUACUGCCCGAUGAAUGGCGGGAUGGCAAAGAGCAUGUGUUCUAUGUCGAGAUGGCAUGCAAUGGCAUGUUUGGCAACGCACCUGGCGGAGACUCGAUCCAGCCACCCAAGCCGGACAAGUACUUUGAGCUGUCCACGGCAGAUAUAGUGGCCGUCAACCUUCAGGCGCGCCAGCUAUAUAUUGAUUUUUGGAUAAUUGGAGAUGCUGCACGGGAAUUCCCGCAGGAUGGCUGGGAAUCCCACCGUGCACUUCAGGUGUGCCUUGCAAUCAUGGACAAAUUUAUUGCUGGGAACGGCAGCAAGGAGUCGAUCGUCGAGUGCCGUCGUAUUGCACGCGAGUAUCUCGGUGACCAUGUAGACUCGGCGGCGGUCUAUGACAGCGACAAGGAAGCUAUAGUCAGCGCAAUUGGCCACUGCCAUAUUGAUACCUGUUGGCUGUGGCCGUGGGCGGAGACAAAGCGUAAAGUCGCCCGUUCCUGGUCCAACCAAUGCGAUUUGAUGGACCGCUAUCCAGAGCUACGCUUCUGCUGCUCGCAGGCCCAACAAUACAAAUGGCUAGAGCAAUACUACCCCUCUGUCUUUGACCGUGUCAAACAGAAGGUCAAGGAAGGCCGGUUCCAGCCCAUCGGUGGCAGUUGGGUCGAACACGACACCAACAUGCCUUCUGGCGAGUCCUUGGUUCGACAGUUCGUAUAUGGCCAGCGCUUCUUCGAAAGCAAAUUUGGACAGCGCUGCAAGACUUUCUGGUUGCCAGAUACCUUCGGCUACUCAACACAGUUACCACAGCUGUGCCGUCUCGCCGGCAUGAGUCGCUUCUUCACCCAAAAGCUUAGUUGGAACAACAUCAACAACUUCCCUCAUACUACCUUUAACUGGGUCGCGCUUGAUGGAAGCCAGGUUAUCUGUCACAUGGCGCCAUCCGAGACAUACACUGCCGAAGCGCACUUUGGCGAUGUCAAACGAAGUGUGACACAGCACAAGUCUCUGGACCAAGAUGAGACCUCACUUCUAGUCUUUGGCAAGGGUGACGGCGGCGGAGGACCUACCUGGGAGCACAUCGAAAAACUGCGGCGCGCCCGUGCCAUCAGCGACAAGGUUGGUCUACUUCCGCGCGUCAAGAUGGGCGACUCAGUCGACGACUUCUUCGCACGGCUUGAGAAGAAGGCAGAGAAAGGAACUGAGUAUGUGACGUGGUACGGCGAGUUGUAUUUCGAGUUGCACCGCGGCACAUACACAACGCAGGCGAACAACAAGCGCAAUAACCGCAAGAGCGAAGUUCUGUUGCAUGAUAUCGAAUGGCUGGCGACAUUGGCCAGUAUCAAGGAUCUAGUGAUCGGAGGGAAGAACUAUUACAAAUACCCAAAGAAGGAGGUUGACGAGAUGUGGGAAGCCGUUUUGCUGUGUCAAUUCCAUGACUGCUUGCCUGGCAGUUCGAUUGAGAUGUGCUACGAUGACUCGGAUGAGCUGUAUGCCAAGGUUUUUGCUACGGGAGAACAGCUGCUGGCUCAAGCCAGAGAGGCUCUAGGGUUUGACGAGAAGGCAGGCGAAUACUGCAGCCUGAACACGCUUCCCUGGGCGCGCUCGGAAAUAACUAGGUCGCCAGUGAAGUCUGAUCAACCGCAUUGGUGUCUCGCAGAGGCCACUGCCGAUACUUCGGAAGCGCGACCAAUGUCAUCUAUCAAGAAGGCGCCGACGGCCUCGAUCAGAGAGGUCGAUUCAGACGUCUACGAGCUCUCAAACGACAACUUCAAGGUCAAGAUCGCUAACGGUGUGAUAACCUCACUCUACGACAUUGUCGCCGAGCGUGAAGUCAUUCCUCAGGGCAGCAAGGCCGGCCAGCUCGUCGUCUUCGAUGACAAGCCGCUGUACUGGCAAGCCUGGGACGUGGAGGUGUAUCACCUCGACUCAAGGAAGGAGCUCAAGAACCAAAAGUCGUACAUCAGCGAGCGCGGCCCCCACCGGGUUGCAGUUGUGACGGAGACGCAGAUCAGCGAGAAGAGCUGGGCACGCACGACCAUCAGCCUGACAGCUGCUGUUGGCGACUCCGGUAGCUAUAUUGACUUGGAGAGCGAAGUCGAGUGGCGCGAAGACAUGAAGUUCCUCAAGGUUGAGUUCCCCGUCGACAUUGUCAACCAGGAGGCAAGCUAUGAGACGCAGUUCGGCAUCGUUAAGCGUCCCACGCACUACAACACGACGUGGGACAUGGCCAAGUUUGAGGUUUGCUGUCACAAGUGGGCCGACCUGAGCGAGAACGGUUAUGGCGUCUCGAUCCUCAAUGACUCGAAAUAUGGUUUCGCGACUUGCGGAAAUCUGAUGAGACUAAGCUUGCUGAGGGCGCCAAAGGCGCCAGAUGCGCACGCAGAUAUGGGCCGCCACCACAUCCGCUACGCCAUCCUUCCUCACCUCGGCCCUCUCGACCACCGCACCGUCCGCACCGCCCUCGCAUUCAACAACCCUCUCACGCUGCACCGGCACUCCGCACCCGCGACGCAGCUCGCACGGCUGCUGGGCGCGAUCCGACUCACGGGUUCGCCGGCCCUGGUCCUCGACACGCUCAAGCGCGGCGAGGACGACGCCGACGUGGCAUACGACAACCCGCUAACGGUCGGGAAGAACGGCCGCAGCCUCAUUUUGCGUGUAUACGAUGCGCUAGGUGGGCGGGCACGCGGGCGUAUCGAGUGGAACCCGGCGCUAUCAGUUCGCAGUGUUGAGAAGACGAAUCUAUUGGAGGACAAGGGCGAGGAGUUGGAACUCCGUGGGUGUGGUGUGGAGAUUGAAUUGAGGCCGUUUGAGGUCGCGACUUUCCGGGCGCGGUUGUGA